CUAAAGCUAUUAUUUGCUUGGAGAAGUAAUCUCGUUACAACAAGGCUUUACCUUGUUGGCAUGGCUGGAAAAUGAAUGCGUAAACCACCAAGCGCACGGGCAGCGUUUUGUGAAGGGCGUUGUGCGCUCUCCUGUGGAUUUUCUUGGACACUGAGCUCAACAGGAAGGCGAAUCUUUGAGAGCACAAAUGAGGACGUUGGAUGCGGUGUGCCUUCGCCUGACACCUGUUGCUAUCUUUUUUAUAUUCAGCGCUGGUCUACUGAGGAUUUAACAGCAGCAUCGCUCACCAUCACACCAGGACAAUGUCGGAGGAACAAACUGAUUCGAACUCUAGUCGGUACUAUUUUGACAACACCUCAACUAGAGUCCAGAGCAGCUUCGUGUUUUCAGGACCCAUGUUUGUCAUUUUGAUGGUGAUGAUGGUGACUUUGGUCGUUGUCAUAGUUUUGGGUAACGCACUGGUCAUCGUGGCCUUUAAAGUGGACAAGAGUUUGAGAAGACAAUGUAAUUACUACUUCCUUAAUUUGGCAAUAUCAGAUUUUCUUGUAGGGGCAUUCUGCAUCCCUGUCUACAUGCCUUACAUCCUCACAGGCAAGUGGACUUUGGGUCAAGGACUGUGCAAGCUGUGGCUGGUCAUGGACUACCUGCUUUGUUCCGCGUCUGUCUUCAACAUUGUCCUCAUCAGCUACGACCGCUUCCUGUCAGUCACCAGAGCAGUAAGUUACCGCGCCAGACAGGGCAUGACUCAUCAAGCCAUAGUCAAGAUGAUUGCUGUCUGGGUGCUAGCCUUUGUCCUGUAUGGCCCAGCUAUCAUAUUCUGGGAACUGGUGGUGGGCAAAAGCCGUGUGCCAAAGGAUGAGUGUUUUGCGGAGUUCUAUUACUCUUGGUACUUCCUCCUGAGUGCCUCUAUGCUGGAGUUCUUCUCUCCUUUCAUCUCUGUGGCUUUCUUCAACCUCAGCAUUUACCUCAGCAUACGCAGGAGGAGGCUCCACAGCAGGGAGGGCCAGCACCAACUUCAACUGAGCGAGUCUGCCUCUGCCCAGGAGAAAGGUAUCCCCCUGUCCCACAACUGGUGGUUUGGAAUGAAACUGGCUGUAAGAGGCUCUAUCCAAUCCCAGACCACCUCUCCCACUUUGGGUAGACUAGAUACCACAACCAGCAGGGCUGCCCAGCCUAACCGUCUGUCCAGGGAUAAGAAAAUUGCUAAGUCCCUGGCCAUCAUAGUGUGUGUGUUUGCCAUCUGCUGGGCACCGUACACCCUACUGAUGAUCAUCCGUGCUGCCUGCAGAGGGCGGUGCAUCCAGCAUCACUGGUACGAGGUCACCUUCUGGCUCCUGUGGCUCAACUCUGCUAUUAACCCAUUCCUGUACCCGCUUUGCCACAGUAGCUUCCGCAGAGCCUUUAGCAAGAUUCUCUGCCCAAGGCGGCAUACAACUCCCGCAUCAUCUGUCCUUCGUUCUGGCCAUUGACAAGCGAGAUCCAUGAAAGGAUGGGGAUGAACAAUGUGCCAAAACUAUGAAUGGAAAUAUUCAAAUCGAACCCAUACAUUACACAGUUUCAGCAGGUAAAGCAAAAAAGCGUCAUGGUUUGUCACAUAUACCAGAAAUAAUAGUUUUCAACUGUGAUUUUCAGUGUUUGGAUGUAUAAGGUUGGGAAUGUACAGUACGAUGUAAUUUUCACUUCCUUGUGUUCACAUCUAAACUAUGUAUUACACUUCCAUCUUAGGUAUGAAAGUAAUUCUCCUGUCCAAAAAAUCUGAAUAUACCAACAAAAGUAAAAGGAUAAUUAAUACCGUGGUUUUCACAUUCUAUGAGAAAAUAUAUUAUCAAAGUUCUAGUGCUAUAUAGGCUAGAAGCAAUUUAUCAAUUAUG